ACUACUACGGUCAUCCUCUUCUUCCAUCCUAUGCUCCCUCACUCACAUCUUCAAUCUUUCCCUCUCUACUGGUGCCUUCCCCUCCCCUCUAAAGCAUGCGCACAUCACUCCCUACUAAUGAUCUACUAACUGCUAAAACCAAUGGCCACUACUCCGUAUUUAUCCCAACCAACGGCCACUACUCCAUACUCAUCCCAACCAAUGGCCACUACUCCGUACUCAUCCCAACCAACGGCAACUACUCCGUACUCAUCCCAACCAAUGGCCACUACUCCGUACUCAUCCCAACCACAUGGCCACUACUCCCGUACUCA